GGCUGCCAUCUAUGCCGUGUUUAUUUCCGGAAGUAAGUUCUCUACCUGAGACACUUUCCAUAAGGACUAUUAAACCUCACAUCUAUAUCCGGCCUCCGACAGCCUUGUUAGGUGUGUACCCAUUCACAGGAUGGCACACUGGUUUCACAGAAACCCACUGAAGGCAACGGCCCCCGUGUCCUUUAAUUUCUAUGGCGUGGCAGGGAGUCCGGCUGCCAAUAAGAUAUGCAAUGACCUGAGGACAACCAGAGCGAGACUGCUGGAGAUGUUCACUGAUAUCACCUGCAAUCCUGAGAUCAUGAAGAAUGCCACAGAUGCAUACUUCUCCCUUCUGCAAGGCUUUAUUGCGCCCUUGGAUGGAACUACACAGGAGAACAAGAUGAGGUUCAUCCAGAACUUUAAGUGGACUGAUACCUUACAAGGAAACACACCAAGUGCCCAGCAGGAUGCAGUCUUUGAACUGGUCUCUAUGGCCUUUAAUGUUGCCAUCUGGUACACAAAGUUUGCCUCAAGGCUGGCAGGGAAGGAAAACAUAUCGGAGGCUGAAGCAAAAGAUGUUCACCGGAGCUUGAAGGUCGCUGCUGGAAUAUUCAAAAAUCUCAAGGAGGCCCACAUCCCUCGUCUCAUCACCCCUGCUGAAAAGGGCAGAGACCUGGAGCCCCGAGUCAUUGAUGCAUACAUCAUCCAGUGUCAAGCAGAAGCACAGGAAGUGACAAUUGCCAGAGCCAUUGAACUGAAGCACAAUGCAACACUGGUCGCAGCUUUGGCAUUUGAGACGGCAAACUUCUAUCAAAAAGCUGACCACACACUGAACACCUUGGAGCCAGAGUGCAGCAGCAAGUGGAGGAAGUAUCUUCAGCUGAAGCAGCACUUUUACAUGGCUUAUGCGUACUGCUAUCAUGGACAGACACUGCUGGCAAGUGACAAAUGUGGUGAGGCUAUAAGAUCCCUCCAGGAAGCUGAGAAAUGUUACUCUCGUGCUGAGGCGCUGUGUAAAGACUACCGUCAGACCAAAGGACCGGGUUCCACGGCCAAACCAUCGGAGCAGCUUUUCUUCCUCAAACUGGGUGGCCUCAUUAAAAUGACACUGGAGAAGUGCCAGAGAGAAAACGGCUUCAUAUACUUCCAUAAAGUCCCAGCUGAGGCGCCCCAGCUGGACAUGAAGGCGAGUUACGGCCUGGCUGAGCCGGUCCCCUUUGAGCUGCCGCCUCUCAGUGAGCAGUGCACUCCUGAGGUCUACGCCACCUUCGAUCUGACAAAGGGAGCCAAAAAUGACAAGGCCAAGCCCAAGGAGGAGGAGGUGAAACCAGUGAAGGAACCGGAUUUGAAGCCUCAGAAGGACACAGGCUGCAUCAUCUCCUAAACCUCUCAUUCAUUCAGUUUUCAGCCUCAUGUUUCACCACUAUCAUUUACAAAGCAA